AUGCUUCAGCAAAUUCUGGGUAUUGGGAGUGGUAGUAGUUCGGCUAAUGAUUUGAAAAGAAUUGUUAUCAAGCAAGAGGUGAGUACAUUCUCGGUUCAAAACCCCCAUUUUCAAUAAUAAACUUAACUAAAUUAUUUUGUUGAUGAAAAUGUUUAAAAGUCAUAAAUCUUUAACACCGGGGAGCCUUUCGCUGUCAAUACUAGUACAGUUUGCGACAAAAAAAAGAGACAUAUAUGAAAGAUGGCCUUGAACCGAUAGCAUGCAUCGUUACGUGUGGAAGAAAUGUGAUACCAUCUUUUUUUCUACCCAAUUUUUAGUAGUAGUUCUGGUCGGUCGAUCGCGACAGGACACCAUUUUUUUACGAUUUUUCGCAACAUUUCAUUAUUGAUUUACUUCUUCGGUUGACCAAGUACAAUUCGAUUAAAUUUAUGGAAUGAGAAAUCAAUCAAUCUUUUCCCGAUUUAAAAUGAAAUAAUUAACUUCAUUUUCAAAUCCGCCACAACCUCUAAUCUAGGUCAUAAAACUUCUUUUUUUCUUGCCACCCACAAAUCAUUCCCUCCUCCGCCAUUCCGAAAAAAUCAAUUAUCACAUGGCCUUUGAUAACCAUCUAGGUCCAAUUAAUUUUUCUUAUUAUUAGUUUUAUUAUACCAUUGAUUAUAUAAAAUACAAUUCUUCUUCUAAUUUCAGAAUAUGUCUGGACAGCAGCAACCACACGAUUAUUCAUGGCAAACAGCUCCACCAUCAACAUCAGUUACUGGAACAUCCGAAUUAUUCAGUUCAACAUUUGCCAUGCUUAGUGAUAAUUCAACAUAUUCAGCAAAUGAUAAUAAUCAAUGGAAUGUUAAUAAAGCACCAUUGACACAAAGUAUAUUGUUUGAACAACCACAAAUUCAACCAAUAUCAUCGAUUAAUAGUUUUGAUCCACCUGUUCGAUUUGAUCCACCUUAUGCAUAUCGACAGCAGCAACAGCAACAACAACAACCAACUUAUAGCACUAAUAAUAUAACUCAACAUUAUUAUAUUCAACAGCAGCAUCCACAACCAAGGCCUUAUGUUCCUGUUCCACAAACUCAACAACAACAAUUUUAUCAACCAACAACAGCUACAACAACAUCAACAUCUUCAACUCCACAAACUCAACAACUUUUAAUGGCUCCGUCUGCUGUUGUUAUGCGACCUGAACCACUUCGACCAACAAAUAAUAGUAAAAUCGAGCAAAGAAAAUCGCCACAAGUUUCAAGACAACAAUCAAAUACUGUUUCACCGUGUGAUGAUGUUUCUCUAAAUAGUCCCGGUUUAACAUCAAGUGCCUCUGGAACACCGCCAUUAAAUGCGGAUACAAGUACAGAUUUAGAAGGACCAGAUGAGGAAAGAGUUAUGUGUAUGGCGUGUAGAGGAGUUUAUCCAUCGAGAAGAAGUUUGACAGGACAUAUUGGACGAAAUGAGAAAUGUCGAGAAAUUAUCGGUCGGAAUUAUUUGGAUGCGGUUGCAUCAGGUGUAAAUCCACCAAUUCCUGGAACUGAUGCCGCAAUUAAAUCGGGUGCGAUUACAACAGGACAAGAUGGAAUGUCACCAGUUUGUCCAUUUUGUGAUCGAUUUAUUAGUCAUUAUAAGGUAUGUUGGAUUUUCUUUAAGAUUUUCAACAAAAAGUGUAAUUUAAGGGUAACAUUCGUCGUCAUAUUAAUCAAUGUUGCAAAAAUACGGAACCAAUAAAACGACCUGGAAGUGGUGAACUCAACAAAAGUAAAUUGAAAAAACCAAAAACCGAAGAUGGUUUCCAUCAACCUGAUUUCAAUGAUUAUGAAGCGAUGAAUCAUAUGAUGACUGGUUCUGGUUCUCAACUCUCACCGCAAUCUUCAUCUUAUUAUGGAGGAAGUGACUUAUGUUCACCAAAUGGUGGCGGACCUGCUGGUGCAGCUUAUUCAAAUUAUGAAGGGGUAAGUGUUUUGGGGUAAAAAGGGUUGUCAUAAUUCCAAAAAAUCUCCAAAUUCUAAACGACGACAACCUUUUUAUUUAAAUAAACAUGGAGACCGUUGAAAAACGUCAUGUUUUCAGUUCCAUACUCCACAAAAGAAUGGGCCGAAACGUGAACAAGCUCCACCUGAUGUAUGUUAUUAUAUCAUCACACAACUCUAUAUUCUAUAUAGUUUUCUUUUUCUGUAUGUUGUGUGUUUAUUUUUACAGGACGCUUACAUUUGUGAAGAUUGCGAUUUUGUGACAGUUUACAAAGGAAAUAUGAAACGACAUUUGAACACGUGUCAUCCAGUUACUGAUUGUAAAAAUCUCAAAGGUUUGUGUUUUUUUUCCUAGUGCUCAAAGUGUUUUGUUCCCAAUGUAUGCUUUAAAAGAUGUAAAAACAAUUGAAAAGAUUUUUUCUGAAAUUUGAUAGAGCGAAUUAAAUUUCAGUUUUGAAGCUCUAAUCAAAUGCUCAAUAAUUUUUACCUCUCUGAAGCAUACGCUUUUCUAUCUCUUUGUAUUCAAAAGUGGUAUUUUUAGUCGUCGAAUGGGAUAUGAAACUUGAAUCGAUGCGUGCUUCAAAUAUGGGAAUUGUUGGUGAUCGAUUACAAGAAAAACUAGCACUUCAUAAACAAAACUCUUCACGCGGUCGAAAACCAAGAAAGAAGAAGGAAAAUCAGAAUUCCGAAGAGGUAAUUUUUUUUCAAAAUGUUUUUUGGUAAAAAUAUAAUUUCUUGAAUAGAUUUUUUAUUCGAAAAAAUUAUAUUUCAUGAAUCACCCCAGUAGAUAAAAACUCUCUAAAUAGAACUAAAAUCUAUUUUUUCAGAGUGAACCAUUGAUUGAAGAAUACAAACCAACAAUUUCAAAUGUGCCUGAUUCUUAUGUGACUUAUGCUCAAUAA